AUGCAAGCACAAGAAUGUAACAUAAAUUAUAUGUUAUUUACAGUGUAGACCUAGAAUAGAAAUAUUAAAAUUAAAGGAGUCACUAUUGUGUAUAUUAAUUUUAGUUUAUUGUCGCUAAAUUACAUUAUUCCAAAUAUAAGGGCAGAUGAAUUAAACCCAAAAAAGAAAUUAGGACUUAAUAUUUAUACAAUUUUUACAUAUUAUUUCCACUCAUUGCUAUCAUAACAUUUGUUGACACACUCCAAAUAUACAUUGCAGAAAAUACAAAUUUUAAACGUGGUUUUAAUUUUGGACUUAGUAAAAAUAAUCCGAAACAGCAAAAUACAACUGCUGCCAUCAUUAUUAUUAAAACAUAUGGUUAUUACUGAACUACAAAAAUAAUAAGUGUGA